CGGUGUUAAACUACUGCGCGUCUAUUCUUUGUGUUUUUAAAGUGUUGUGCGAUCAAGGCUCGGUCUCCUCGCGUUUACUUGGACGCUCCACUAUGUUCUGUCAGAUGUGACGGAGAUGCAAACUCUCCUGGGGUUAAUAGGCGUUGAAGGAGAUCGGGCCCCGGGGUUAUGGCCGGUAAAUUGUAUUAGUCCGGACCUGGGAGUGGAUAAACGAGCUCAAAGCUGCCUUUAAGAGUCCUUUCGGCGUUUUGACAGUCCCUUCACUCAAAUGAGAGAAGUUUAUACACUCAGACUGAGAUGUGUUGAAUGGAAACGUAGCCUGAUAUCAGCUGCAGCCAGCGCUUUUCUAGUGUUUCUGGGCUUUCUUGCUUCAGCAGGAUGUAGCUAUUUGGAAAAACCAAAUUAAAACAGCCUCACGCAGCAAAUUACACACUGAGAAACUGCUUUUAGUUCAGAGACGUGUGUGACAGAGAGAGAGAGAGAGAGAGAGAGAGAGAGAGAGAGAGAACAUGUUUGUUAAAUGUUACACCACAGCCGCUUUUACUGUCACCGACUAAUAAAGAGACUUGUAUUUAUAACGUUUUUUAAAUACGAUCUCACCUACAUGGAACUUGCGUUACAUCCUGAAGAUCUGCGUCUUCAGGAGAACUGACUGUGGAAAAGGAAAGCGAGCUGGGAUCAGCCGCAGUUGUUGAGGUUGUCCAGCUGAGAUGCGCGACGCUGACGGUCCUGCCCCGUCUGUCGAAACGGACCAAUGAUGAUAAUGAAGAUGAUGAUGUCCACAAGGCGCGUGUAGCGCUAAAUCACCACCACCGGACUCUUAGGAGACACUCGACUGAUUCGCGCUCAUUCAAACUUCAGAUGGACUACCUUUACUCAGCACUGACCAGUAAAAUGAACUGGAUCACACUCCUGCUGGCCGGCUUGACUUUAUGGGGCAAAGUGUCCGUGCACAGCUGCUUAGAUUACGAUGACAGUUAUGAUUAUUAUGAAGAGGACAAAACAGAAACGAUAGACUACAAGGAUCCCUGCAAAGCUGCUGCAUUUUGGGGAGAUAUUGCCUUGGAUGAAGAAGACUUGAAAAUGUUUCAGAUCGAUGGAACAAUAGAGCUUUUACAGCAGUCCCAUGGGAGAAAGGGACACGCGUCUGGUGGUCUAGGAGAGCAUAAUCCCAGUAAUAAGAGAGGUUCAUUAUAUCUGUUGCUUGAUAGAAUACGACGGUUAGGUUUUGAGUCGGUACCAGUCAACAGCCAAAAAGAUGUGUCAAGCUCCAAGGCUGGAGGGAAGAGUGUAAAGAGCGACAGAGGUGUGAAGUCUCGAGUGCCACGUGCAGCCACAUCCCGAGCUGAGAAGAUCUGGCCCGGAGGAGUCAUCCCUUAUGUCAUAGGAGGCAACUUCACUGGAAGUCAGAGGGCCAUGUUUAAACAAGCAAUGAGACACUGGGAGAAACAGACAUGUGUGACCUUCAUUGAGAAAACUGAUGAGGAGAGCUACAUCGUCUUCACCUACAGACCCUGCGGGUGUUGCUCUUACGUCGGCCGUCGUGGCAAUGGUCCCCAGGCGAUAUCCAUUGGAAAGAACUGUGACAAGUUUGGCAUCGUUGUUCACGAACUUGGACACGUAAUUGGCUUUUGGCACGAACACACACGACCUGACCGUGACGAUCAUGUUACCAUCAUUCGAGACAACAUCCAACCAGGUCAGGAGUAUAACUUCAUUAAGAUGGAACCAGGGGAUGUCAACUCUCUUGGUGAGCCGUAUGAUUUUGACAGCAUCAUGCAUUAUGCCAGAAACACCUUUUCCAGAGGAAUGUUUUUGGACACGAUUCUUCCCUCUCGCGAUGAGAAUGGUGUCAGGCCUGCUAUCGGUCAGAGAACUAGACUCAGCAAAGGAGAUAUAUCCCAAGCCAAGAAACUAUACAGAUGCCCAGCAUGUGGCGAAACACUACAGGAGUCUGUUGGUAAUUUCUCAUCUCCGGGAUAUCCUAAUGGAUAUCCAUCAUAUACACACUGUGUAUGGAGGAUCUCCGUCACACCUGGGGAGAAGAUAGUGUUAAACUUCACCACUAUGGACCUCUACAAGAGCAGCCUGUGCUGGUAUGACUACAUUGAGGUUCGUGACGGAUACUGGAGGAAAGCACCACUGCUGGGUCGUUUCUGUGGUGAUAAAAUUCCAGAAGCGUUGGUCUCUACAGACAGCCGGAUGUGGAUUGAGUUCCGCAGUAGCAGCAAUUGGGUUGGAAAGGGAUUCGCAGCAGUCUAUGAAGCAAUAUGUGGAGGGGACAUCAGUAAGGACUCUGGACAGAUUCAGUCUCCAAACUAUCCAGAUGACUACCGUCCAUCUAAGGAAUGUGUGUGGAGGAUCACAGUGUCCGAGGGCUACAGCGUGGGCUUGAGCUUUCAGGUCUUUGAGAUCGAGAGGCAUGACAGCUGUGCAUAUGACUAUCUAGAAGUUAGAGAUGGAUUGUCAGAGAACAGCCCUAUUAUCGGCCGAUUCUGUGGCUAUAAUAAACCUGAAGAUAUCCGUUCCACCUCCAACACUCUCUGGAUGAAAUUCAUCUCUGAUGGGACGGUUAAUAAAGCAGGUUUUGCUGCAAACUUCUUCAAAGAGGAAGACGAGUGUCUGAAGCCAGAUAAUGGGGGCUGUGAACAGAGAUGUGUUAACACAUUAGGAAGCUUCAAAUGUGCCUGUGAUCCUGGAUACGAACUGGCCCCUGACAAGAAGAGCUGUGAAGCUGCAUGUGGUGGCUUGCUGACCAAGUUGAAUGGCACAAUCACUACCCCAGGCUGGCCUAAGGAAUACCCUCCCAAUAAGAACUGUGUGUGGCAAGUGGUGGCUCCCACUCAGUACCGCAUAUCCAUGCAGUUUGAAACCUUCGAACUAGAGGGAAAUGAGGUUUGCAAGUAUGACCAUGUUGAGGUGCGAAGCGGCUUGUCAUCUGACUCUAAGCUUCAUGGGAAAUACUGCGGUGCGGAACUCCCUGAGGUCAUCACCUCCCAGUACAACAACAUGCGAAUUGAGUUCAAAUCCGACAACACAGUCUCCAAGAAAGGCUUCAAAGCUCAUUUCUUCUCCGAUAAGGAUGAAUGUUCAAAAGAUAACGGUGGAUGCCAGCAUGAGUGUAUCAACACUAUUGGCAGCUAUGUGUGCCAGUGCCGCAACGGCUUUAUUCUGCAUGAGAACAAACACGACUGCAAAGAAGCCGAGUGUGAGCACAAGAUCCACAGCACGAGUGGAACCAUUAGCAGUCCGAACUGGCCUGACAAAUACCCCAGCAGGAAGGAGUGCACGUGGGACAUCAGCGCCACCCCGGGCCACCGGGUCAAGAUUUCUUUUAAUGAGUUUGAGAUUGAGCAGCACCAGGAAUGUGCAUAUGAUCACCUGGAGGCUUUUGACGGUGACUCGGACAAGACGCCCAUCCUGAGCCGCCUGUGUGGUAGUAAGAUUCCAGAGGCGCUCAUUUCCACGAGCAACAGAAUGUACCUGCGCUUCAUCUCCGAUGCCUCAGUGCAACGGAAAGGCUUUCAGGCCACUCAUUCCACUGAAUGUGGCGGUAGGCUGAAAGCAGAAGCACGGCAGAAGAACCUGUAUUCUCAUACUCAGUUUGGGGAUAAUAACUAUCCAAGCCAUGCCGACUGUGAGUGGCUCAUAACGGCAGAGUCGGGUUACGGCAUCGAGCUCACCUUCACCACCUUUGAGGUAGAGGAGGAGGCCGACUGCGGGUACGACUACAUCGAACUUUACGAUGGCUACGACACCGGAGCGCACAAACUCGGACGCUUUUGUGGAUCUGGGCCUCAUGAGGAGCUUUACUCUGCUGGUGAGGCCGUGUUGAUCCAUUUCCACUCUGAUGACACAAUCAGUAAGAAAGGCUUCCAUGUCCGCUACACUAGCACAAAGUUCCAGAAAGCGCUACACACACACAAGUAACAUCUCCCUGACUGAGAGAGACUGAGCACAGGAGUGAAAUGUUACUACAAGGAGAAACAGACUCCUGCCUUGGUGUGUUUCCUGCAUUGGAUUUGACUCUAUGUUCAGCCACUAAGGAAGCGCUGUCAUUUUGAUCCUAAACACCAAUCAGCUGCUCUUAUGUGUGGGAUAGCUCCGCCCACUGGAGUGGUGUCCUGCGCUCUCUGACUGGACUGAUGAAGCAAAUCAACCCCUGGAAAAAACACACUCAGACAUAAAAACUUUUUGUUGGUUCUCCGUUCUUCAGAUAAGCCAGUUAUAUAUUGAGUUGCACACUGAAACUAAGACAAAGACAAUAAGACAACAAGGAACUGCUAUUGAAUUUGUGUGUGUGUGUGCAUGAUAUUCUGGACAGCAUGAGCAGUUUGGCUGCUUAUGGCACACCACACUGUACCUCAACUAAAAUGUGUGUGUGUGUGUGUGUGUGUGUGGUUGUGGAUGUGUGUGUUUGAGAGAGAGAGGCCUUCAAAUACCAGCCUGAACUCAUUCAAAUGUUUUUAAAUGUGGUUGUAAUUUUACAGUUAUUCUGGUAGCUUUAGGGCAAAACCCAUUUUUCCCUUUCUGUUGAAAGUGCAAAAGUAAAUAUGUAGCCGUAUUUAACAAUAAGCUUCCUUAUAUAUGUAGCCCAUUGUUUAUGUUUGCAGUGACGAACAUAACAAUUCUACGCCAAGCUGUUUUGAGGCUAUGGGUCUUAUUCAGAAAGCAUGCGUACACAUGAAUAAGUGUGUGAAAUCUGCAUACAAAUUAUGAUUCCCAAUAAUUUUCAUACUAAAACGUAUUCUAAAUUGACGAGAAACCACACUUACUGAAGGUAAAUCACAUGCUCUGGAUGGCCUUAUAAUCGUGUUAGGAUGAAUAGAUGUUUCAUCUUAAAUAUAUUUCAUCAUAUAUAGUGAAAAGCAGCAUUAUAGCUCAAGCUGCGAGGUUUCUCUGCAUAACAGUGCAAAUAUGCGUAUGUACAGCAUCUUUCGAGAUUGAGAUCUGUGGAAAUGAAAGGCUGUGUGGAACACCCUUAUGUGGAGAUGGAUUUGCCAUGUUUUAUGCAAACAACCUCAACACACUCGUUCAAUAAUAGUCAGUUAAGAACAAAUUAAUGUAUUUAUGCUCGUGAAUUAGGCGGAAACUUUUCCCCUGGAUGUACAAAUACAAAAUAAUCCCAGCAAUUGUGAGUGAAUGAGACCCAGUGUCUUGUGCUUCAUGCAUGAGCAGGCCCACAAGGAAUCUGCAUUGCAGCAUUCAUGCCUUUUGUGUUCACAUUUUGCAUAAUUUCAACCGUCAAUGAGAUAAUCAGACUCUAAUUCAAUUCUGCAGAUUUCCAUGCAUUAUUUAUUAUAAUGUGUAAAAAUUUGCAGAUUCUAUCUGGGCCUUCUGAUGAGUUGCAGAAACCUUGUGAAGUUGUUUGAGUUUAAAUUACAUUUGUGUGUGUGUAUGUGUGUGAGGGAGAAAACUGAUAGAAUAUUCUCUAAUUUGUCUGUAGAAGAAAUCUUUCUUACUCUUCCAGUAACGCCUCCUGAAGAAGUGAACAAUGAACAUGAUGUGAACAGGAAAUGAUGUCAUAAAGCCUUGCGUAAGAUGUCUGUUACAGCUGUGACAACUGACUACAACCAUCUUAACCCUGUGUGCUUUAUAUGCACUUAACACAGAAAGACUGUGGAACUGUGUGCUCAGCAAUCAUGCAAAUGAAAUAUCAAUGAAGCUGAAGGGAAUGUUCUCUGUUGCUAUUUUCCCAAUGACAGGUUUUCACUGCAAAGUCGCUGGUGAAGGGAUUUCCUACGGUGCUAUUCAAUGUCUCCGGAAAAAAAACGACAGGUCCCACAAGGCAAUGCUGCAGCCAUUCAGUGAAUGCAUUGGUGCAGUGGAGAGGCAACGUUGAAAUAAUGUUGCUCAUCAACACAGAUAGAACAUUAACAAAAUACUCACAGCAUUGACAGCACUGGUGUUGAGAAGGAACAAUUAUUGCCUUAGAACCAAAAUGUACAUUCUUGCACAUGAUGUUUCUGUAAAUAUAUUUUUUUUCAAAUUAUAAUAUUUUAUUUGCUAUUAAGUUUAAAGAACUUGAAACUUUAUGUUAAAAAAUAAAUUUAAAUGCACUGACCUGACCUGAAGCCGUCCCCUUCUGUCCAGUUACACAAACAAACGCACACUUGUCUGCAUAAAUGCUUACACAUGAUCAUGUGCACACACAAACACAAACUAAUGUUACAUUAAUUUGAAUGCUUUAAAGUCAGCAGUAACACUGUGGCAUAUGUGUGCAUCUUUUGGUCUGUGUGUUACACAGCACAUGUCAUGUGACUCUGUUCUGACUCGUGAAUAUUUCUGUAUGUGCCAAGCUCCUGUUGAUUCCACUCUAGGUGAGAACUAUGACAUAUAUGACAAUGUGAAUCAUGAUAUAUUUUAUCAUCAGCCUAAUGAUGACUCUUCACUCUCAAGUGAUUAAACUCAUGUCAGGUCAGUUAAA